AAUGGUGUCCCAGAGACCAGCAACCGCCUCGAGGCUGCACGCGUGCGCGCCAUGGUCACCGCUGCCCCACACUUGCCACAGUCGCUGUGGCCGCUCGCCACUCGCCGCGACCCGCUGCUGCUCGAGCACACUGCCGCCGCCAACCCAGUCCCCAACUUCAGCACCUUCCGCAAGUUUGGCGAUCCUGGCUGGAUCUAUAUACCAAGGGAGCGUCGCGUCCGAGGCGAGAAGUUCGCGCCGCGCGCCACUAAGAUGUACUUUGUCGGUCGCGAGGGUCCUCGCAUCUAUAUGAUGUGGGACCCAACUGCGAAGAAGGUCGCGCGCUCCAGCAGCGUUACCUUUGCUUCCUGCGACGACCUGCUUGACGCCUCUAUCGAGCGCGCCACUGCGCUCCUGGGCCACUACGAGUCCUACCUCUAUCGCCGCCAGCAUCGCCGCCGCGGCCGUCCGACGAGGAUGCGCGGGAGGAUCACCAUUAUCGAUAACUUGACGCCUUUGCGCCGUUCCAAGGCGCCUCGCCACCUGGAUAUUUCCGCUGGCUUCAACGAGCGCAACAUCCUCGAUCCAUCUGUCAAGCGCUCCCGCAAGCUGACUGCGAGCAACAUCGUGUCUCUUGCCGCGGUGAUCGCCCUCCCCAACCACAAGCCCAUGCUGAGCGACCGGGUUACCGACAAGUUCCCUCCCGAGCCAAACAAACUGAAGCAGGCACGCCUUCACAAGUACUCGACGGAGUGGCUCGGCGCCGAGGGCGCUGAGUACCUCGCCUACGAGGAGAACGGCACGUGGAUCAUCGUCGUUGUCGUCCCUGUCGGCCACCGCGCUCUCCCCACCAAGUGGGUAUACAAGUACAAGUUCGACGACGCCGGCAAGCUGGUACGCUUUAAGGCGCGUCUCGUCAUCUGCGGUAACCGCCAAGACAACGACUUCUGGCGUGAGAGGUAUGCUGCAGUUGCUCGCGCUACUACCCUUAAGACUCUGCUCGCUAUGGUGGCGGCACUGGGCCUGGAGUGCGAUCAAGCAGACGUCGUUACUGCCUUUCUUGACGGCAAGCUCGACGAAGAUGAGGUUAUCUAUAUCAAGCUUUCCGACGGUCGUUACGCUGCCCUCAGCAAGGCGGUCUACGGCCUCCGUCGCUCACCUCGCACAAGUGCCGCGACCUCGGUCCCAUCUCCCACUACUUGGGGAUGUCGAUACGCCCAGCGCGCCCGCUGUCGAGCUCAGCAUGGAGUCAUACAUUCACAAUCUCGUCAAGGACUACGAUCACGGCCAAGUACUCGCCACAAUCCGAUCGAUGUCAAGGCGCUGAAGCUCCAGCUCCGCCGCGCUGACGACGUGUGCGACCACAGCUCCCUUCAGCGCUACCAAUCACCGAUUGACCGCCUGCUCUACCCGGCCUCACAGCUGCGCAUCAAUAUAUCGUUUGCUGUCGGCUACCUCGCUCGCGCCAUGGCCAAUCCCAACAAUGAGCACUACGUGUAA